ACCUUCUCUCUAACUUUUCUUCUCUCUAGGACUUGUGUGUUUCUUCCUCUUUAUAUCCCCCACUCCGAUCACUCUCCCAUGGACGACUCUUACAACCCCAAGCGAUUCAAAACCGGCGACGAGGUUAUCAUCUGUGAUGCAAUGGAUAUCAAGCAAGAUUCAACUGAAGAUUUGAUUGAUUCUGUGAAAGCUGACAUGGAUGUCAAGGGAAAAGCUAAAAUAAGUUAUAAUGAGGAUUGGGAAGAUCAUGUUAAGGAUGCUCCAGCCUGUGAUCUGAAGAAUUCAGAUUUUAUUGCAGGAUCUAUGGAUAUUAUUGAUCCUAUUAAGAGUUCCAUGUCAGGAUCAGUUAACUCCAAUAAUGUCAAUAGUUCAAACUCUGAUUUGUCAUAUCAUGAUGAGGAAGGCCUUGACGAGGGUUGUGAUGACUAUGCUGAUGAUGUUUCUGAUUAUGGCGAUAAUGAUGAUUUUCUGUAUGAAGAUGAUUAUGAGAUUAUGCAAUCUCAUUUUGAUAAUGUGGAUCUUCCUCCUGGGGUGGAAGCUUCAAUUCCUUGGUUGAAAGACCCAGCUCCAACUGGAAACCUUUCAUCUGUUCCAGGCACUUCUAUUCCUGAAAGUGCUGAAAACAAGAAGGAAAACUUAGUUGCUCUAGCUGAUGGCAAACUGGAGACAGCCCCCACCAGUAGCUCAUCAAUGCCUACAGAGUCAAAGUCUGCUGAGAAGGAUGUUGAUGAAGUUAUGCUUAAAUUUAAAAAUUUUAAACAAUUUGAUAUUGUUGAUAAUUUCUCGGACCAUCACUAUAACAGCUUGGCUUCGUCAGGGGAGAAGCAAACAAAGGAGUGGGCAAAGAGAAUUACUGAGGAGUGGAAAAUUCUGGAGAAGGACUUACCAGGUGAGUUCUAAAUCUGUAUGCUUGGACUGCUCUUAUGGAAUUGACUGAUCUGGAAACAUGAUAUUGUCCCUGAUUGUGUCUCGAAAUUGCUGUUUGUACAGCUAAAUUGGCAAAGCUAUCUUAUAUUUAGCUUAGUAGCUCUUUUUUUGUUCCAUUAAAACUUGUCGAGUAAC